AGGCGGCCCGGACGGCAAUAACGUUGUGAGGAAACGGAAGAAGGGCACACGAUCGAUCGCAAAUGGUUCUUGACAUUCGGAAAUUGGACAUCUACCGGAAGGUUCCGAAGGACCUCACACAGCCCACAACAGCCGGUGCUGUUAUCUCAAUAGUUUGCGUAGUAUUUAUAGCUUUCAUGAUAUUCAAUGAUAUACUGGAAUACAUGAGCGUAGAAAUUAGAAGCGAAUUGUAUGUAGAUGAUCCCGGCCGAGAAGGAAAAAUCGAUGUAGAAGUGGAUGUCUCAUUUCCUUAUUUGAAAUGCGAAUUUCUCGGCGUGGAUAUACAAGACGAAAAUGGUAGGCAUGAAGUUGGUUUCAUAGAUAAAACAACGAAAGAGCCUCUUCCUAAUGACGGGUGUCGCUUCAAAAGCAAAUUCGAAAUCAAUAAGGUACCGGGUAAUUUUCAUCUAUCAACUCAUUCAGCUGACCGACAACCAGAUAAUCCCGAUAUGAGGCAUAUUAUCCACUCCAUACGCUUCGGAGAUGAGAUUCCAAAUAGAGACGUAAAGGGUAGCUUUAAUGCUUUGAAAGGAAAAUCUACGAUUGAAUCCGAGCCCCUGCUAACGCAUGAGUAUAUUCUAAACAUAGUGCCGUCCAUCUACGAAAACAUGAAAGGACGAGUGUGGAAUAGCUAUCAGUACACUUUCGGACACAGUGACUACCUCGCUUACCAUCAUAGUGGACAAGUUAUACCAGCCGUAUGGUUCAAGUAUACUGUACAACCCAUCACUGUCAAACAAAAAGAAUGGCGCAUGUCUUUCUACACUUUCCUCACUUCAAUAUGUGCCGUGGUGGGUGGUACAUUCACGGUAGCGGGCAUAAUCGACUCAACGUUCUUCACGAUUACGGAUCUGGUCAAAAAACAUCAACUUGGAAAAUUAUCAUGAAUAGAGCAUGUUUUUGAUAUGUACCGCUCCACCUUAGAUGAUCCACAAACAAUUUCGAUGUGAAUUCUGCUAAAACUUCGCUG